AUGCGCAGGGGCGCAAGGCCUACUGGACCUCAGACUGGUAACAGAGUUAUCAAGCCCAAGAAGGCUGCUAUGUUGAAGCAGAACAACAUGAAGAAGAAGCAUUCUGCUGGUCUGAUUACCUUGACCGAGCGCUCGCUCGCCGAAAAAGCCGGACAUCUUGAGAUGCUCAAGGGCGGCAAGAAGGACAGACUCGAGAAGGCCAAGAACAAGGCCCUCAACAAGAAGUAA